CGUGUUCUGGAAUACCGAUACAGCUUUUUCUAGGGUACUCCGACCACUUACUCUCAUUCAAUCACUUCACUUCACUGCACUGCACUUCAGCCACUCCCUCUCACCUAAGCCGUGCCCGAAUCCAUUCAUCUCGCCUCUCUCUGACUCAUUCACCGAUUCAACUGUCCCUCGUACUAGAAGUUGGGAAGAAGUUGGGAAAGUAGAGAAACGAGAGAGAGAGACUAGAUAUCGCAUGUAGGUCAACUCAAAGACAAGAGCAUCCAUCUCCAUCGUCCGUUGGUUCCACGAUCCAAGUCCUCACGCUUAAUCCAACACUUCGACUACCUACCUACCACCCUCUGCCUACAUAGUACAGGUCCUUCAUCCAUCAUCUACACACAUGACGACGUCUACCGUGAAACCUACGUCCGCAGCAGCAGCAUUAGCAUCACCACCAGCAUCAUGGCCAACCCGGUGGGCGAGGAUAGCUGGCUAGCCUACAUCGACGAGCAGCGCCGACAUGCCAACGAUCUCGAAGCUCGUGUCAAGGUCGUCGAGCUCUUCAAGGCCGCCCUCGGUGAUGAACCCGCCAGUCUACAGCUCUGGUUGACCUAUUGCGAAUUCUUUUGGUCUCUAUUCACCGAAUGUCAGGCGCCGCAGCGACCACCCUCGUCCUCCUCCUCUCCAUCUCCCUCUUCAUCUUGGCCCGAAGAAGAACGUCAACUCGGUCGCGAUCUCUUCUCGUUCGAUGCCGCCCUAAGCCUUUGGAGUGAUGGCUACAAUGCCACAAAGUAUCGCAUCGCCGACAGUCACCGAUUUUGGGAUCGUUGGGUUAGUAUCGAGCUCGAACAACUGGCGCGCACUCGUACCCCCAGUGGUGUGAAGCGCAUCUCCCAUCUCUUCCGCGACCGUCUGCAAGUGCCCCAUGCUACGUGGGAUCAGACCUCGCAGAUGUUUUCCGAGUUUCUUACCACCUACAACAAUGCCGCCUACGAGCAAGAAAUGCAGGAUGUAACCCGUACCGCUCGCGAUGCUAAGGCUGCCUACGAAUUGCGCGAAUCCCACGAGCUCGGACUUUCACGCGCCCAGCGCGCCGGCGACCGCGAUGCCGAAAAGGCUACGAUGCGACAAUACCUUGAUUGGGAAAUGUCCCAGACCUCACUUGCUACCAGCGCCGUUACUGCUCCUGCUCAUCACCAUCAUCGACACCAACAGCAACAACACGACCCAUUCGCCAUCCCUCUUGGCCUCGGUCUAUACGGUCGCGCCCUCACUGGCAUCCUUGCCUUCGACGAAGACAUUUGGAAUAACUGUGCUGUAUACUUGUCCAGUCUCCAUCGCCAAGUGAAGGCUCAUCCUUCCCUCCAUACUCCCUUACUCCCUAACAUGCUCGACUUCUUUCAGCGCGCCACUAAACACUGCCCUGGAUCUGGCCCUCUCUGGUCAAGAUACAUCCUGACGGCUGAGGAUGCUGGAUGGUCUUUCCAUAACGUUGAAUCCAUCAAGCAUGCCGCAACCAAUACCAAGGCUUUGGAUGAAAAUGGAAUGACGGGCGUCCUCGACAUGUAUACCGCUUGGUGUGGUUUUCUCAAACGUACCGCUAUGGACCCUAGUGCGCACGAGGAUGCUGCCGAUGUUGCUGAGGUUGGUCUACUUGCCGCUCUAGAGGAUGUCGAGCUCUGGGGUAAGCGUCUCUACAAAGAUGCUUACCAAGGAGACCCUAAUUUCCGCUUGGAGCGCAUAUUAAUCCAGUUUUUGUCCGAAGUCAAGGGCGAUACAGAUGGUGCGAGAAGUCACUGGGACCGCAUGUCACAGCAUUCUCUAUUAGCCAAUAGCUAUGAUUUUUGGCUAAAUUACUACCUCUGGGAAAUGGUUGUCUAUUCUUCAAAACCUAAACCGCCUAGUCCGACACCACCUACGCCAUCUAAUGGUGCCAAAUCUUCACGGGUACCGACUCUAGCUACAGGUGUGCUGCAGCGGGCCCUUACACAGAAGAUGCUCGAUUGGCCAGAACGUAUCAUGGAGGUUUACCUUCAACAUUGCAAUGACUACGAGCUGCCAGACACGCUGCAUUAUGCUCUCGAUACAGUACAUAAAACUCGGCGGAUAGUAGCUAAACGUCGCGAGCGCGAGCAAGCUGCUUCCGCCGCUGCUUAUGCUACCCAGGUUCAGACUGAACAAGACCAAGACCAGGUGGCCACUAACUCUUUGCAGGAUACCGCUGCGCCCAGCUCCCCUUCUAAUGGCAAGAGGAAACGGGAUGAGGUGGCUGGGGAUGUGGGAGACACGACUGGAGAGACUGCUAGUAAAAAGGCCAAGAGUGUCGAAGCCAGCGUGGAGGAUGCCGAGUCCCGAGAGUCACUCAAACGUGAUCGUGAAAACACAUCAGUCAUGGUAACUAAUCUUCCUGCUGAUGUGACUCAAACGGCUAUUCGUCGAUAUUUCAAGGAUUAUGGCCAUAUUAACAAUCUGAUACUUCGAAAGGAAGAUGAUGAAAAAUCAUCCUCGGCUCUAAUCGAAUUCAGGUCCCCAGAGGAAGCAGAUUCUGCUCUACUACGUGACCAGAAGUAUUUCAACCAGUCGCAACUCAGCGUCAAGCCAGGCACGCGUCUGACUGUAUUUGUAUCCAACUACCCUCCUACUGCCGACGAAAAAUACAUUCGUCGACUGUUUGCGCAUUGUGGCGACAUCUUCAACAUUAGAUGGCCUUCACUCAAGUUCAAUGCUCAUCGUCGCUUUUGCUACAUUUCAUUCCGAGAUGCGGAUGCUGCAUACAAGGCCACGUUGAUGGACGGCACAUUAGUCGAGGAUCAGUACAAGCUCCAAUCCAAAUUCUCCAAUCCUUCCCACAAGAAAGACCGUGAAGGUGCCGUGGCUGAAGGACGUGAGUUACGAGUCAAGGGCGUACAUCCUUCCACAGAGGAGAAUGAUCUUCGCAGCGUCUUUGGUAAAUAUGGCAAAGUGGCAACAGUCCGCCUAUUGACCAACCUAAGCGGCCAGAAUGUUGGAACUGCCUUUGUUGUGUACGAAACCAAGGAACAAGCCGAGAAUGCUCUCCAAUUAGACAAGACCAAGUUCAAAUCCCAUCUACUGGAAGUCGAACUCACCAAAGACAGCAACUUUCGACCUUCGGCUACUAUCCGAGGCCAGCCCAGAUCAACUAGUACAACCCCGGCUCCAUCAGGAGAUGGUGAUGUGGCAAUGACUGACGAGCCAGACGAUGCGCAGACAAAAGACCGAAAAUCCAAGCCCACACCAGCGGAGAUCCAGGCACGCACCAUAUCCAUCAUGAACAUCCCUGACACAGUCAACGACGCUCGCAUCCGUGCUUUAGUGGAAGAACAUGGGACCAUCAUCAAACUCGUCUUACGACCUGAUCACUCGGGUGCUACCAUAGAAUUCGCCGAUCCAUCAACGGCGGGACGAGCCUCGCUUAGUCUAGAAGGAUACGAGAUAGAACCAGGUCAUAAACUCAGAACGGGCACUGGCAAGCAAUUAUACGAAGGGAAAGGCGCACAACAACAGAAACAGCAACAAGUCACAAAUAAUGCUAGUACUACAUCUAACAAUAAUGCAACGCCAAAGAAUUGGAUGCCGCCACCACCACCCGUGCGAAGACCCGUUCUAGGUCGCGGGGUCGCAAGGAGAGGUGGGAGAGGUGGCUUGGGAUUUGUCGCGGCGAAAUCAAAGGGGGAUUCAAAAUAAUGAUACCACGAACAAUGAAAAAGGCCAGGCUGCAUGGGGCGGGGAAAGGGAUGUAUGUAUUGUAUUAUACAAUUACGGUACGGUGAUGACGACGAAACCUGGUACAUUACAUUUUCUACACGAUGAGGAGUUCACACACGAUCGAUCUUAUAUCCAGUCAUCCCCAACCAAAAUCACAUCAAUCCACAAAGGCAAGGGCAAGGCAAACCCGAAAAAUGGAAUUAGGCGAAUUGGAAGUGUUUACUAUGGUCAUCUAUGAUAAGAGUUGGGGCUGUAUGACUAUUUGACUAAGCCAGUCAAGCCAAGCCAAGUGAGGAAGACAUAAUUGACCGGAAUCAACGAUUGGUGUUU